AAAAAAAAAAAACCGUUAAUGGGUCCCGCACUGACCGUUGGCGUUUGGCUUCCUCCUUCACCUCUUAACAAAAAAGCUUUUCGAUAAAUCCAAGAUUCUCCGAUCUUCUUCUUCUUCUUCCUCUUCCUCCAACCCUAACCCUAACCCUAAUUGCCAAUUCUCAUCUCGACCACUGGCCACUCACCAUCAUUCCUAUUUUGCCCCUCUCCACAUUUCUCAUUUUGAUCUAUAAUUUAUGCCAUGCAAAGCUUCAUUUCUUUUUUAUUCCCCCGAUCCACAUGAUUAAUCUUAACUACCAGUUUUAUAUGAUUUAAUUACUGUGUUUUAUGAUCGAAAUUAUUUCUUGGUUUUGAGCGGUGGAUCAAUCUGAGGGGGAAUUUUUAAUUGGGUGGUGACCAUGUCAAACUUGUAUGGGGAUUACAAUCAAAAGAUUGAUUAUGUAUUCAAAGUGGUUUUGAUUGGGGAUUCAGCAGUUGGGAAAUCUCAGCUCCUGGCUCGUUUCGCUAGGAACCAAUUCAAUGUGGAUUCAAAAGCCACAAUUGGUGUUGAAUUCCAGACUAAAACUCUUGCCAUUGAUCACAAGACUGUUAAAGCGCAGAUUUGGGAUACUGCUGGUCAAGAAAGGUAUAGGGCCGUCACAAGUGCAUACUAUCGAGGGGCAGUAGGAGCGAUGUUAGUUUAUGACAUGACCAAGCGUCAAUCAUUUGACAACAUGGCAAAGUGGCUAGAGGAAUUGAAGGGGCAUGCUGAUAAGAAUAUUGUUAUGAUGCUCAUUGGUAACAAGUGUGACUUGAGAAGUCUGAGAGCAGUGCCAACAGAAGAUGCACAAGAGUUUGCUCAAAGAGAGAACCUGUUCUUCAUGGAGACAUCGGCUCUAGAAUCUACCAAUGUUGAAACUGCAUUUUUUACAGUUCUAACAGAGAUAUAUCGAAUAAUCAGCAAGAAAACCCUUGCUGCUAAUGAUGAGUUAGAUCCUAAUGGCAAUUCAGGUCUUCUUAUGGGAACCCGGAUUAUUGUUCCCAAUCAGGAGCUGCAAACAGGAAGGAAAGGUGGCUGCUGUGGAUAAUCCUAGCAGCCCACCUUUGUCUGUCUUUUGUUUUUGCCAAACAUGGUUAUGAUAAUAUUUAAUUUUGCCAAACUUUUUGAUUUAGGUAAAUUUUGUUAGUUCAUAAGAAAGGCAUAUUUUUGUAGGAAAAGUUUAUUCAUAUUCUUGGUUGACAGAAUGAGGUAAUGAUGGAUUGGUGUGCAUAUUUUUCUUUAAUUUUAGUGAAAUUGAUAUUGAGAUGAAUGAUAUAAUAUUAUGAAAUGAGGCCUACACUAACAGUACUAUUACUUUCAUAUUGGCUUUGCAUGAGAUGGAAAUUUUGUCUAUUUUAUCAAUAUAUUUAUCAAAAAGGUUAAUGUCGGAAUUAGUCCUUCAACUAUAUCAUUUUUUACGAUUUGGUAUUUAUAUAAAAAAAAUUCAUGAUUAGGUACUUUAAUUAUAUUUUCAUCAAGCAUUUUGUGCCGCACAAUAAUUUUGUUAACGGUAAGUUGACAUAAGCAAAAAAUAACCAAU